UGACCAAGCCUCCUCAGCUGUGAGUGCACCUGGGUGUUGUUCUUUCACAAUUGCGUUUGCUAUCAUAGGAUCAUGCUUCAAAGUUCAUGUUUUGUGGCCAGAAUGAAGUGUGUCAGGAAGUGAGAGAGGAGGAGAAAUGAGCUGCAGCUUGCAGACAUAGAGCCAGCUGUGGUGCAGUGGGGACAGUCAUGAUUUGGAUAAGCAAGUGCCCUAAGAGCCUGCCCGCUCCUACUGUGAUUCAAGCUGCCGUCCUGGUGCCCAAACGAACCAAAAACCUUUCCUGUGGCAGAAACGAUCAGACACCAAGCCCAUACACCCUCGGGUUUUCUCCUAGAGAGAGAUGAAGAGAACAACCUGUCUAUAGCUUCCUUGAGGAAUGACUUCUCUCAGUGCCUUUCUUUGGGCCUCCUUAGCUCUCCAGCUACCUCAGCCAUCGCACUGAGUUCCUCCCCUUAUCCCUGUUGGGUAUGUCAUCUGCCAACGUGUCUCAGCCAUGCAAGGAUUACAGCUUCUACCACAAACUCCUCCUGCCUGGCUACAUUCUGAUAUUCAUCACAGGCUUGACGCUGAAUGUGAUGGCCCUGUGGAUAUUCGUUCGCUACCUGCGCCUGAAAUCAGUGGUGAUGAUCUACAUGUUCAAUCUGGCCGUGAGUGACCUCACCUUCACGCUCCCCCUACCACUGCGACUCUACUACUACUUCAACCAUGAGUGGCCGUUUGGCAACACCCUGUGCCAGGUCUCUGGCUCUGUCUUUCAGAUCAACAUGUAUGGUAGCUGCAUCUUCCUCAUGUGCAUCAACCUGGAUCGCUAUAUUGCCAUCGUGCACCCACUUCGCUGGCGGCACCUGCGGCGUCCCAAGGUGGCCAGACUCCUUUGCCUGGUGGUCUGGGUCGUGAUCCUCAUGGGCUCCAUCCCCACAGCCAUAGUCCACAAGCAAAACCACUGUGAGUCACAGAACCAGACUACUUAUCUGUGCUUUGAAAGUUUUAGUGAUGACAUGUGGCAGAAAAACCUCUUCCCUCUGGUUGUUCUGGCUGAAAUCCUGGGUUUUCUCCUGCCUCUGAGCUCUGUGACAUACUGCUCCAUUCAGAUCUUUCGGGAGCUCUGUCAGGCCAGACAGCCAAAGACACUGCGGCAGCAGAAGACAGUUCGUCUCCUCUUGGUCAAUCUGGUCAUCUUCGUCAUAUUCUUUGUGCCCUACAACACUACCCUGGCUGUAUAUGGUUUGAUAAAGGCCAGGGUGAUUGAUGUCGAGAAGCAAAUGCAAGCCUCCGUGCGUGAGGUGCUAAUUGUGACAAUGAUGUUGGCCAGUAUGAACUGCACGCUGGACCCCUUGAUCUACUAUUUCAGUACUGAAGGUUUCCGUAAUACCUUUAAGAAACUGCGGCGGGGACAAACCUGGCACUCAGAUAUAGGGAUGAUUAGGAAUCAGGUUGUGGAACAAAAGUCAACCCAAAACCAUGCUGCCUCAACAGCAAAACAGUUACCAUCUGAAAACUUUCACUGUCCCGGUGAAUCUGUGCCAGCACUUCCUACUACAGUAUUUCUGAAUGGCCCUAUUGAGGACUCAGAAAUCUAACCACAGAAAGCUCCUAGCAUUGCUGAGUUUCAGAGUGGCCCAUUCAAUAAUUACAUCAAGGCUGUGGAAAACAGCUCAGGGUUGCUUAGCGAACUGAGAGAGCGUGGCAGGCUAUUUGUGGGUGAAUGUGGUGAUACAAAGCUGAAGAAUGAAAAGUUGUCAAUAAACACAGAUACAUUGAUGACAUGAUCCCAACUUGACUCUUUUGGUACAGGAAACAUAGUAGGGAACAAGUGCUUGAAACAAGCAUACUGUGUCUAGGUCUGUUUAGCAUAGGUUCUGAUGGCAAGUUGAUCUUGCCUGGAUCUUUGGUCCUCCUUUCUGCACUUCAACAUGAAAAGGUUUGGGGAACAAUCAGAACACCCAUGAUACCCUUUGCUAACAAAGUGAAGUUAGUAGUAACAAAAACUCAUGGGUUUUUGUUACUCCUGUUGUUUUUUAACUCGGUGCUUCAAUUUCAGUCAGAAGUUCAGUUUAGGGCACCUAAAUAAGUGUCAAAUGUUCCAAAAGAGUUGAAGUUUUUAUUAAUUCUUGUUGGAGUCAAGGAAGCUAGCUGAGUAUUUAGUGGUCUUGCAGAAAGGAGAUCCUUAACUGCACAGUAAGUCACAGACCUUAGCAAAGCAGUCUUUAGUAGGUUCGUCAAAUGAGAUGGUGUAGCUGUAUGCACACACAUGCAGCACAGUGACUGCGCAUUUACCUCAAGCAAAAGAGCUUGGGGAAUGCUAGUACACUUGAGAAUACAGUUAGCAUUCACAACAGCCCCAGAAAAAGAAAAGUGCCAGUAGUGCCGGCAUAUCCAAAGAACACACUGACAUUAGUGCUUUGCACUUUCUUGUCACCUGACUGCAAAGUGAUUAAUUUCAGGUCUGGGUGAUUUUCAGUGUCAAAGACAAAUGAUGUCACAAACUGUGGCUGCAGUGUGAAUGCAAUAUAUUUGCCUGCACUGCUUGUACAAGCUUCUCAGCGCACACUGUAUGCUAAAGCCAUAUAAAUCUGCCUAGAAGAGAGAGACCCAGUUGUACACCGGUCUUGACAGAACCCCGCACUACUCUCUCCUGCUUGUGACCAGGGGCUGCAUUCCACCAGCACUGUAGCUGAGCCUCUGGCUUCCAACAGAGCCCAGGUCAUCCCAGAGCUGGUUCUUUGCAGUAUAUAUGAAGAUGGGAUUUUGUUGUUGUUGUUUUAAAGAGUUAAAGGAAUGAUUAGGGAAGCUGGUGAGAGAUGUUGUUCAGAGUCAAGCCCAUGUUCUUACACUACCUUCUGAAUUAGCAGUGUGAUCCACGUUUCAAGUCUCUGCCUUGUGAUUCCUGCAGGAAAAAGGGGUAUUGAUAAGCAUCAUGACUUUGUGUUAAAGCACACUUUAGGAGGCACAGAGUCCACUUGUACCCUGUUACAACUGAUCCUGUAGCAGCAGAUGUAGAUGUUGACCCUCUCCAAGGGACACUUAUGCUACAGACUGACCUGGGAGUAACAUAACCUGGGCAAGUUGGCUGCACAUCCCUUCUCAGCAUAUGCAUCACCAACUGACUCUGAAAUACACCUGCAGGUGAAUGACAUUUAAUGGGAUCUGAGAGAUGCAGUGAGAACGGUGGAGGAGGGCUAGGGGAUACUUUUGGUUUGAAAAUAAGUUUGUCACGAGAAUAUGAGCCACAUGCCACAGUGCAGCUGGAGAGGAUGCACACCUGUGCACUCAUAUUCCAGCAGACCUAAUCUGAUUCAUUUGUGCUGGAGCAGUAUACAUCCCCCUUCCUCUCACCCACCAGCAGGAGAUGGGGCAGCAAGGGCUAGCUGCUCCCUAGUGAAGGCUGCCAAGAGCACAGGAGACAGGGUGAGGCCUCGUCCACUGCACCUGAGCAAGGCGAUCAGGGUGGGUACGGUGACAGCAGCCAGGCUCAGCAGAGGGUACAGAUUGCAGACCUUCCCUGGUGACGAGGCAGGUCCAAGGUCAUCCCAAGAAGUCAGUGAGUCAGCACUGGAACCAGGCCUGGAGCAGUCACCGGGGUCAGCCUCAGGCCAGUGAGUGCAAGGCAAGCCCGCAGUGACAAGGCCAUUCUUGUGCAGCACCUCCAGGCAUCCUUCUGCAGCUGACAUCCUCACAGAGCACUGAGCUCCCGAGAGCUGGGCUAACAGAGACUGCUCAGAGCCUGCAAGUUUGCCACAUAUGAAUAAACUAUCAGGUGCCAAUGCUCUGAAGGAGGCUGCUCACCUGCCGAAGCUAAAGCAUGGCCCCAGACACAGAAAGAACACGGGAAAGCAUCAUCUCUUGUAGCUUCAUUCUGAAAAUAGCUGAACUAUUUUUACCUGGAACAUUUUAUAAAUAUGCCACCUCCAGCAGAGGAAAUUUUAGCUCAAAUAUUUUGACAAAAUUAUGAAUAACUGAAAAGCCAGUCUCUUAAUGGAUCUCAUAAAAUAAUUAAGCAAUAAAGAAGGCGGCUGGCCAUGCCACAUGCAAUGGAUGCUAAUCAGGAAUCACAAGCACAGGAAAGUGUUAGAAAGAAGAUAGAAACCUACACCCCACCAAC